AUGAGUGAUUGCUAUUACAUGAUGGUUUCCAUAGAUGAAAAGACAGACCUUGAAUAUGAUGAAGAGAUCCCUUUUAGCUCGUCAUCAGCCACCAGUAAAAUGGAGGCCUUGGAUUUUGAGAUGAUCCAUUUGCAUUCCCGGGCAGAAUUGGCAAACUCAUGGAUUUCAAGACAUAUACGGAUGAGAGUUCCGAAGAGUAUCUACUUUGUCUUAAUCAAAGCAAAAAUCAACGUAUUGCUACCGUUUGGUCCGUUAGCGAUUUUGCUACAUUACCUUACUGGACAGCAUGGAUGGGUUUUCUUCUUCAGCUUAGUGGGCAUUGUGCCUUUGGCAGAGCGUCUAGGAUAUGCUACUGAGCAACUUGCUUUCUACACAGGACCAACAGUUGGAGGUCUUUUAAAUGCCACAUUUGGAAAUGCAACGGAAAUGAUUAUAUCAAUUUAUGCAUUAAAGAAUGGAAUGAUUAGGGUUGUUCAGCAAUCUUUAUUGGGAUCAAUCUUGUCCAACAUGCUUUUAGUGCUCGGAUGUGCCUUCUUCACUGGUGGAAUCGUUCAUUACCAGAAAGUUCAGGUUUUCAACAAGUCUGCCGCCGUUGUGAAUUCAGGAUUGCUGUUGAUGGCUGUCAUGGGGUUAACGUUUCCAGCUGUGCUUCAUUUUACACACUCAGAGGUCCAUUUCGGGAAGUCAGAGUUAUCUCUUUCAAGAUUUAGCAGCUGUGUAAUGCUAGUGGCAUAUGCGAGCUACCUUUUCUUUCAACUUAGAAGUCAUCGUAAUCUUUAUAGUCCUAUUGAGGAGGAAGGAAACCAGGGUGGAGAUGAUUCUGAUGAAGAGGAGGCUCCUGAGAUAACUCACUGGGAAGCAAUUGGCUGGCUUGCUAUUUUAACUGUGUGGGUGUCCAUUUUGUCUGGAUACCUUGUUGAUGCUAUCCAGGGGGCAUCUGACUCAUUCAACAUGCCUGUGGCAUUCAUCAGUGUUAUACUGCUCCCAAUUGUAGGAAAUGCUGCAGAGCAUGCAAGUGCUAUCAUGUUUGCCAUGAAGGACAAGCUUGACAUCACACUUGGAGUUGCUAUUGGAUCUUCUACACAAAUAUCCAUGUUUGUGAUUCCCUUCUGUGUAGUUGUUGGGUGGAUUAUGGGACAGCGAAUGGACUUGAAUUUUCAACUCUUUGAGACUGCUACACUUUUUAUUACAGUGUUAGUAGUGGCAUUUAUGUUGCAGGAAGGGACAUCAAACUAUUUUAAAGGCUUGAUGCUUAUUCUGUGCUAUCUCAUAGUUGCAGCCAGUUUCUUUGUACAUGUCGAUCCUUCAGACGAUGAUGAUUAA